ACGUCCCAAACCGCAUGCUCUUUUCCUAAAUACUACCUUCAAAUCUAGUACACCACAGUAUAGCUCCAUAGCUGGAGUAGGACACACUAUAUAGCGACUGAGUGUGUGGUUUGGAACGCAACCUCAAGUGUGGUCACGUGGUCGGGGUUUGAGGCUGUCUGGCUGCUCUGCUGUAAUGUACAGUAUACCCUUCAGAGGUUUUCAAAGAUGGCGGUGCUCGACGUGAUAUUUGUCUACGAUGCCGUCCCCGAAACCCGUCCGAGCAGGCAGCGCGCGCAGUAGCGGUGUUUCCGGAGUCGGUGGCGGUAGCAGCAGCAGCGGGCGGUACGAGUUCAUGUCACUGACCCGGACGCCUCCACUUUCUCCUUCCCCUUCUCCGCACCUCCUCCAAAGGCAGGGCUCGGACCCUACAACAGCGCGGCUCCGUGCCUCUGAGAGCCCGUCUCGGCGGCGCAGGGGCUCCGCUUCCUCUAACGCCUCCACGUCAUCGACCGGCGGUGCACAGCAGUUACCGGAAGAGGACUGCAUGCACCUCAACCCGUCCAUCAUCAGCGUGGCGCUCAGCUCUCUGCUCGCCGUGGACUUGUGGCUCUCCAAGCGGCUUGGCGUGUGUGCGUAUGAGGAGGCGUCAUGGGGCAGCGCGCGGCCCCUCAUGAAGCUGGUGGAGGUUUCCGGUCACGGUAUACCGUGGCUCAUCGGCGCCGCGUACUGCCUGUACAAAAGCGACAGCGCCGCGGGUCAGGAGGUCAUGCUGAACCUGCUCAUGGCCUUGGUGUUGGACCUGGUGCUGGUGGGUAUAGUUAAAGCCGUGGUGCGUCGCCGGCGUCCUGCUCAUAACCGCAUGGACAUGUUCGCCACGUUCUCUGUGGACCGCUACUCCUUCCCGUCAGGCCAUGCCACUCGAGCUGCUAUGUGUGCUCGCUUCCUACUGGCCCACCUGGUUCUUGCCGCUCCACUGCGCGUGCUUGUCAUGCUCUGGGCGGUCAUUGUUGGCCUUUCCCGGGUCCUUCUCGGGCGUCACAACGUCACAGAUGUGGCUUUUGGCUUAUUAAUGGGCUACUGCCAGUAUAACCUGGUGGAGGCGCUGUGGUUGUCACCAGCUAUGCUGCAAAACAAGGUGGGGCUGGAGUGAAGCCAGAAGGUGGCAGUAGAGACAUUGAGAUUGAAGAUAGAAAAAGAGAUUCCAGAAAUGUAAAAGACUUGAACUGUAGCCACUGUGAUAGUAAUAAUUCCAUAUCAUCACUAAUUUAUUUUUCAUUUUUAUUAUUUUUUUGUGGAUGUGGGUUUAAGAGGAGUGUCCUGAAUCAGGCAAACUGAUCAUGUAAGCUGGGGUAAAAAUUAGCUUAAGUCAUGGUCAGAAAGGACGACCUCUGUCUUCCCCACACCGAUGCUGCUGUGCCACUGUGUAAUUACUGUGUUCACAAUCACUUUCAUAAUCAUAAAUCUCUUUAAAAAUCACUUUAAAACUCCUCGAAAGCAACGUAAAUUUAACAAGUGUAUCACAUUAGUAACAGUAUUACCUGGAACACUAGAAAUGGAAACAAAAUCUUCUCCUUCCAGAUGUUUUUCUGUACCUUCAGAAAAUUAAUGUAGGGGAAAAAAUCCCCAAUAUUUUUUUGUGUAUGGGUAAUAUAAUGGGUUAAUGUUCAUAUUAAUCAUUAAGGUGUAAUCGGUUACUUUUUCAAUACUUAAUUUCUCUGAGUGGCUGGCAAUACACGAUACUGACCUUGCAAGGUUCUGUUACAAUACUAUGUCAUUCCUCACAGGCAUGAAGCUCAGAUGCAUGUUUUCUGUCAGUAAUGUUUUCUGUCAGUAUCAUGUAAGUAACAUGAUAUUGUUUACAGCUGUGAUACUAAAUACAUCAGUGGAUUGGAUUGGAAACUAUGGACUGAAAAGAGUUUCUGUACCCUGCUGAAUCUGUGCAUCCCUAAUAUAAGCAUGUAGAUUAUGGUGAACCUCACCACUUUUUUUAUUGUCAUAAUGCAGUCGUUGUAUGCGGUCAUGUUUUUCAUCUCUUUACUGAAGGAUUUUGGGUAAUGCACUAUUUUUUCUAAUCACAUGAUGUUUGUUCUUUAUUCUUACAUUUUAGACUACAAUGAUUUGUGAAGCAGAUUAUUUUAUUAAAUGUACUUCAUUUCUGUUCUUUUAUAGAAAUGGAUAUGUUGUAUAUUGUGAUGUUUCUUUACAUUGGAAUUAUAUUCACUGCCCAAUUUAGUAAGAACACCUGUACACCCCACCCGCAUUUAGUUGCAUGCAAAUUCAUGCAGUUAUCCGGUAAGAUAAAUGUGUGGCAACAAUGCAUAACAUCAUGCAGCUACAGGCCCAAAGGUGUGAACAAAAAACUUACAUUAUGUGGCAGUUCUGUCACUUGUUGAUGCGAGAGGUCAG